UCUAUGCGUGUAGUAAUUUUACAAGAGCUGAGGAUGGUAUUUUAAAUAGGCGUACUCAAUAAUCCGUUUCUUCAGCUAGUAACUAUAAAAGACGCGUAGAAAAUGGAUAAAUUCGUGGUGCAUCUACCAAAGGGUGAAGUGUCAAAAGAAACCAAUGGUACAGUAAAGGUUUAUCGACAAGCGACGAUUGAAUCUCUAAGGAGAGUGGUGGUGAUCGAGGACAUUGAACGAUACAAGUCCAUGCUGGAGCUGCCUGGGCAGACCAAGGAGAAUCUUCUGCUAGCUUUGAAAGAGCUCAACAAGAAGAUGCCGUCGAAGGAGGUGCUGAAGUCAACAAGAAUAGGCCACACUGUCAAUAAUAUCCGUAAGCAUCACCCAGACACUGAGGUGAGUGCUCUAGCUGCUGAAGUGUACACUGCAUGGAGGAGUUUUAUUGAAGAGCACUCCAACAAGCCCUCAAUAGAAGUACGUUGUGAUAAACAGACUGAAGGACUGAGGAACAAUGCCAAAAGAAUGGUGGCUGAAGCUCUGGGAGUUGAGGCAGACAGUGGACUAGUGGAGAACAUAGAAAGAGAGGUAUUUCACCAGAGUUCUCGGCUGGUCAGCGGCUCCUAUAGACGGACGACCAGGAGGCUGGUCUUUGCCCUCAGACACCGGCCAGAGGUCAGGGGUGAUGUCAAGGACAGCAAGAUUCCCAUUAACCAGCUGGUGUCCAACCACAAGAACAGUACCAGCCAGAUGACAGCAAUAACCAUCAGUACUACAGCCAGCACACAGAUACUAAUAAACACUAUAUCGCUGGGGUCGUGAGGUUCUGGGUCGGCCUCCUUUCCUCCGCCUCCUUCGGACCCCUCUGCUUGGCUUCGGGUUUGCUCAUUCAUUCUUUGGCGCUCCUCAGCUGAGAUGAUGUGAACAGUGGCCAUCUUGCGCUGGGCAUCGCACUGCACCUCGUACUCCUGGAGGCUCCGCCCCUUCCAGUCUGAGAAGUCGAUGUAUAGUGUGUUCACCAGCAUGGUGAUAUUCUGCCGUGGCUGCACAGAGGUUUUGGUCAGGUCAUGGUGAUUACGGGCACGCAAAGAUUUUUUUUUUUAUUGGAUGAGUUCAGGCACUCCCUCUUUGUAUCAGCAUGCUUUCUUCCAUUUCGUGCCUAAUGAAAAUGGAGCGGGAUUUUAACUGAUGUCUAAGAAACACAAUACCGCCUGGUUACCUGUCCAGCCGUGCCACAUUUCUCAAAGCGUGCCAGUAUCUUGAAGGUGGUGGCUGUUAGCUGGGCAGUACAGGACCGGUCACCAAGGUAUAUAUCCUCUCGAUCCAGGCCUGGGAGAGACUGCUGGGAGAUUUGGAUUGUAAACUCUGUCCUCGUACAGCUGAUGUUCACUGGCACCACUGGGGCGGAGGUGGGGAGACAUAAUAUGCACACGCAUGAACACAUUAAAAUAAGCAUGGAGGAAGUUUGUAGUGAUUUGCUACUAUUGAGAGACUCACCUCCUACAUAGGAAGCAGAGAACCCUUUAUGAGCAGAGGUGCGAUCUGUAUUGAGAACCACCAGCAUCCUGUUGCCCUUAGAGAUCAAAGACCUGGGUUGUUCUGAACCACACCAGCAGCCGAGUAAAGGGUCCUUCUCACUGCUACCAUCAUGCACUGCUACAGAGUCGUAAUCACACUUGUCUGAUAGGCUGUUCCUGUCUUCCAACUCCAUGGUGUUGAAGAACAGUUUUAUGCGGUAUCCCUCAGCCAGUGUGAUGGUCCAGUGACAGUUGAUGUUAUUAGGGUAGAUGUUCGGGUAGUGGGGGCUUGUGAAGUUGGCACUUGGUGCUGACAGCGCCUGCUGGCAUUCCCCUGAGACAGGUAAGAUCACCAUAAAGGUCAAGGCAGGGUUGUGUUCAAUACGGCACACAAGCUAAAGCUAGAUUUGCCUAAAAAAAUCUGUGGAUUUAUUGGAAGAUUGAGUAGUAUGUUCCGAUUUAAAAACAUGUUCUUAGGGUUUGAA